AUGGCGGUGGCACGGAAAAUCAAAACUUUGCUGACUGUGAAUAUCCUGGUUUUUGUGGGGAUCAUCCUGUUUUCAGUUUACUGUAGGAUCCAGGACAGAUCCCAGGAGCUAGUGCAGAUUGUGAGAAGUUCUGACCGCAGAGUAAGGAGCAGGAACACCAAAGUGGGAGCUUUGAUUGACCGAGAGUCUAUUUUGCAAAGACUGGAUCACCUAGAAGAAGUAGUUUACAACCAACUCAAUGGCCUAGCAAAACCCAUGGGGCUCGUGGAAGGACCUGGUGGGCUUGGGCAAGGUGGAAUGGCUGCAACUUUGAGAGAUGAUAGCCAUGAAUCAGAAACCAAAUAUGAAGAAUAUGGCUACAAUGCCCAGUUAAGUGACAGAAUCUCACUGGACAGAUCAAUUCCAGAUUAUAGACCAAAAAAAGAAGUCGAACUAAAAUUCAACUUGGAUCAAUACGUGAACAAGAGAUACCCUGGCCUUGUGAAAAUAGUUCGCAAUAAUAGAAGGGAAGGUCUAAUUCGAGCUCGAAUACAAGGAUGGAAGGCAGCCAGUGCACCAAUAGUUGGAUUUUUUGAUGCUCAUGUGGAAUUCAACACUGGAUGGGCUGAACCUGUGAUCACAAGGAUCCAAGAAGACAGAAGAAGAAUAAUUUUACCAGCAAUUGACAAUAUCAAAUACAACACCUUUGAGGUGCAGCAAUAUGCUAACGCUGCACAUGGAUAUAACUGGGGCUUAUGGUGCAUGUACAUUACUCCUCCUCAGGACUGGCUAGAGAAAGGGGAUGAGUCUGCUCCAAUCAGAACCCCGGCCAUGAUUGGAUGUUCCUUUGUGGUUGAUCGAGCAUACUUUGGAGACAUUGGGCUGCUGGAUCCUGGCAUGGAGGUGUAUGGAGGAGAAAAUAUUGAGCUUGGCAUGAGAGUUUGGCAGUGUGGGGGAAGUAUGGAAGUUUUGCCUUGCUCAAGAGUUGCCCAUAUUGAACGCACAAAGAAGCCUUAUAAUAAUGACAUUGAUUACUAUGCAAAGCGUAACGCCCUACGUGCUGCAGAGGUCUGGAUGGAUGAGUUCAAGUCCCAUGUUUAUAUGGCAUGGAACAUACCAAUGACAAACCCUGGGGUGGACUUUGGUGAUGUUACUGAAAGACUGGCUCUUCGACAUAAACUGCAGUGUCGUAGUUUCAAAUGGUACCUGGAAAAUGUAUAUCCAGAAAUGAGGAUUUACAAUAAUACUAUUAACUAUGGUGAGCUUCGUAACAGUAAAGCAACAGGCUAUUGUUUGGAUCAAGGUUCUGAAGAUGACAACAAAGCCAUUUUGUACCCUUGCCAUGGCAUGUCCUCCCAGUUGGUUCGAUACAGUGCUGAGGGGCUGCUGCAGUUAGGUCCCCUUGGCUCUACUGCCUUCUUACCUGAUACGAAGUGUCUCAUUGAUGAUGGCAAAGGAAGAACCCCUACUCUUAAGAAAUGUGAUGAUGUUCCAAGACCAACACAGAAACUCUGGGAAUUCACACAGAAUAGCCCCAUUGUCAGCAAGGACACAGGCCGCUGUCUGGAGGUAGAGAUGUCCAAGGAUGCCAAUUUUGGACUGAGGCUCGUGGUGCAGAGAUGCUCUGGACAGAAAUGGAUUAUAAGAAACUGGAUAAAACAUGGUCGGAAUUGA